AUGUCGAACUUAGUGCGGCCCGAGAAGAGAGACGUCUCGAGCGCUGGUAUUGAGGGCGACUUUCCUCUAGAUGUGGGUGUAGUCGAAGCUCUACCAGAAGGUAGCCAGGUUCUAUCAGCGAACAAUUAUGGCUCCUCCGCGUGGACAGUCACGGCUCGUCUGAACGUUUUGCUUCCAAAUGGAUUGGAGAAGAAGUUUUUCAUCAAAAUUGCGACUGGAGAACCUGGCCAUGUGAUGAUGAGGGGAGAGUUCAACGCCAUGAGCGCUCUUUACCGGACUUGCCCAGGGUUCAUCCCGAAACCUCUGACAUGGGGCAAAUUCAAAGAAGCGCCAGAGACAUACUUCUUCCUGUUGGACUUUGUAAACAUGACAAAUGACUUGCCGGAUCCUGUCCAGUUUUGUGCCAAGCUCGCAGACCUCCACAGGUCGAGUGAAUCACCGACUGGAAUGUUUGGCUUCCACGUCCCGACCUGUCAUGGCAGAUUUGCCCAAGAUGUGGCUUGGGAUCCGAGUUGGCCGAACUUCUUCACCAAGCUGCUCCGAGCUGCUCUCGUGAUCGAAAAUAAGGAAUGCAGCCCAUGGCCAGAGUUCGAGACAAUUGCGGAGCGUACAAUGUCUCAUGUCAUUCCGAGGCUUCUGGGGGCGCUCGAAGAGAAUGGUCGUAAGCUCAAACCAUCACUCAUUCACGGAGUCCUAUGGGAAGGUAACAUUGGAACGGACCUUUCGAACGGCAACGUCUACGUCUUCGAUUCUGGCGCAUACUAUGCCCACCAUGAAAUGGAGCUAGCUAUGUGGCGAUGCGAAAGGCACAAGAUCAAAUCUCGAGAAUACAAGCGGCAGUACCUCCGCAACAUGGCUGUGAGUGAGCCAGCGGAAGAGUUUGAUGACCGCAAUCGUUUGUAUUGUGUAAAGGCGAACGUUAUCCAUUCCGCGCAUCAUCCUGGAUCUAUCGUCAGAGAAACGGCUUAUAAUGACAUGUGCUAUCUGGUUGAUAAGUACGCGCCAUACCCGCACGGAGAAGAGCCUUCACGGAGUAAAGUGCAGGGCGAAGUCCCUGCGACGAUAUGGCAGGGAGGGGACAGUCACGCCAGGUCAGCUCAUGCCUUCAAUAUUGAAGCAACUCCCACUCUGUCGGCCUAG